UCUCAUUUCUGCACAUAGAAUCCCAACCCUCACAUUCAGAACACGUACCAGCAUUGUGUUUAUGAUAGCAUGGAACACAUUGACUUCUGCUGAAAAGCCACCUAAGGUCAAGACUACAAUUUAAAAUCAUCUGAGGUGAAUAUACUGAAGUACCUGGAUGGAAUCUGAAAUUGACCUUUCGGGAUAUUGUCAUCAUCCAGGAGACACGGGGAUAUCUCUCAUAGACGGCUCCCAAUUUGCUGGAAUACAUUCAGUGCAUGCUCAUUCACCAGACCAUGACUCACAAGGACCUUCCUUUUCUACCAGCUACAACCACAUACAGUAUUCUUCCAUCCACCAGCCACUGGUUUCAUCGCAAUAUCAUGUCAAUUCUGGAUAUUUCUCACAACAAACGGAGGACUGGUGUUCCAAUGGAAUAUAUGAUUUGAAACGGAUUCCUUCUGACAGCUUGUUUUCUAUUGACAAUGACAUUGUGGAUUUGCCACCUGCGAAGAAGGCUAGGAUUAGCCCUUGUGCUGGAAGGGUUAAAGGAGAUGAGCUGUGUGUUGUUUGUGGAGACAAAGCCUCUGGCUACCAUUACAAUGCUUUGACAUGUGAAGGAUGCAAAGGCUUUUUCAGAAGAAGUAUUACUAAAAAUGCCGUAUACAAAUGUAAGAAUGGCGGCAACUGUGAAAUGGACAUGUACAUGAGGAGGAAAUGCCAAGAGUGUCGCUUGAGGAAGUGUAAGCAGAUGGGCAUGCUUGCUGAAUGCUUGCUAACAGAAAUUCAGUGCAAGUCAAAAAGACUACGAAAAAAUGUAAAACUCCCAUCCGAAAAAUCCUUCAAUGAAGAAUAUGAGGGACUUGAUUUUAAGCAAGUGACAUCUACCACAAAACCAAACAGGGUCAAAGCUGAAUUUACACAAGAAGAGAUACAGCUGUUGCAGUAUGUGAUGGAAUCAUAUAAUAAGAAUCGACUGCCACAAGACUUGGCUUCUAAACUGGUAGAUAACUUGAGCACAGAUGACAACUUCGUUUUCCUGACAACUAUGGCUACAAGUCAUGUUCAGAUAUUGGUAGAGUUUACCAAGAAAAUUCCAGGUUUUCAGACAUUAGAUCAUGAGGAUCAGAUUGCUCUGCUGAAAGGCUCUGCAGUUGAAGCUAUGUUUCUUCGCUCGGCUGAGCUCUUCAACAAAAAGUUGCUUGAUGGCCACACGGAUGUCCUUGAAGGCAGAAUUCGGAAUAGUGGUAUUUCUCAUGAAUACAUUAAUCCCAUGUUCAGUUUUUAUAAGAGUCUCGGUGAGCUGAAGAUGACUGAGGAGGAGUAUGCACUGCUCACAGCAGUUGUGAUUCUUACACCAGAUCGGCAGUACAUUAAAGACAAAGAGUCUGUGGAAAAGCUUCAGGAGUCUUUCCUUCACAUUUUGGAAAAGCUCUGCAAGCAACAUCACCCUAACAACCCCCAACACUUUGCCCGGCUUUUGGGGCGCCUCACUGAACUGCGGACAUUUAGCCAUCACCAUACUGACAUGGUAAUGUCAUGGAGGGUCAGUGACCACAAAUUUACACCCCUUCUAUGUGAAAUCUGGGAUGUUCAAUAACGAAGGGAUGAUUCAUUGGAAAAAAACUGCUCAUUUUGGAACUCUUACUUCAUAUAUAUACAGU